AUGGCUCCGGAAGGCUAUCCCUCCAACUCGGCUCCUCCCGAGGACUGCAUCAUGCAAGGCUAUCUGCUCAAGUACGUGGCCCGCCCGCACUGACCACGAACCCGGCGUCGCCGCCUUGGCCUGUGACACCUCAGUCCCCGGUGCUUAUGCAAUCCCUCACGAGACUGAUCAAUCCGCCAUGCUUUCGAAAUAAUACUUACAGGAAGAAGCGUAAAAAGAUGCAAGGCAUGGCCAGGAGGUACUUUCAUCUCACCUCGACGGUAGGUCAUCAUCGUCGGUCUUUGACGGUUUCCGGCACUCGCCGUUCGGCCUUGCGUCGUCGUCUCGCCCACCCCCACUUGUUGGACAGCGGCGCCAUCCGCUCGGCGUUUCCCCCACCCGCCCUGUCGAGCUGCGGCAAUGACAGCGAGACCGAGGGGAGAAAGGGGCUCAGGUUAUCCCAGUCUAUUACAACAGAUUCUCGAAAGUGAAUUAUACCUGACCUCUCCCUUAAAUUACCACCACAGGGCACGCUCAGCUACGCGUUCAACACGCAUUCGCCGAUCCGCGAUUCCAUCUCGGUCAACCUGGCCUACAUCUCGGCGAACCGCAAGACGAGAUCGAUCCACAUCGAUUCCGGAAAGACCGUGUACCAUUGCAAGGCUUUGACGGUGGGCCAGAGCUGCGGGUUGUUUUUGAACGUGUUUUCCGUCAACUUGGCUCAUACGAAGUCGAAAUUUGCACCUCCCAGUCGGCCGAUUUCGACAAAUGGGUCAAGGCGUACAAGGAGGUCAACGACACCCUCCAAGAACGUGACGGUGGAUCGAAUGCUGCAAAGAGUCCAAGUGGAUCGAGUUUGGGUGGUGGAUUCCCUUCGAGCAACCAAGGGAUUGACGCGGCCGUCAAACGUAUGGCUCAGGUCAGUGCGACGCAUGACUGACUCCCUCCGCCUGGCCUCGGAACGCCGAGACUGAUGCCCAGAGCCGCGUCCCACAGCCCCUCCAAGAGCUCGAAUCUAUUUUAAACGACUUCCGAGGCCAAAGCCCCUCAUCACUGGGCUCGCCGAACAACGUCAAUCAGAAAUUGACCUCCCCCGGUGCCCCGUCACCCAACAGCGGCGGACACUCGUCGGGCCAUUCGUUCAAAUCCAAACUCGGGCUCGGUACCGGUCGUCAUCGCAGUGCGUCCAAGUCCGUCUCGGAUGAUCAUUCCUACUUCGAUGCCAAGGCUUCGACGAACGAGGCGCUCGUCACUCGAUACGCUACCGCGCUCGGCACACUCAAAGCGCAGUACGAGUACUUGUCGUCGCAGCUCGCCGGCGCGGGUGGGGUCGAAACGGCGAUCAAGUCGUAUGCUUCGAGGCAAUCCAUCUAUUCGGCCUAUGGUGGCGCUUCUGUUUCGUCCAUCAAUUCUGGCGGCGAUGAGGACUUUUACGAUGCACCAGGCGAGUUCGUCCUCGAUGAAAUGGAGGGCUCGUCGUCCGAAGAGGAGGAAUCGAUCGAGGAUUCGUCCUUUACCUUGUUGGACGAAGAAGAAGAAGACGACAAAAGUCCGCCACCUCCUUCGAGGCAGUCUUCUGCUACUUCAGAAAGUGAAAUCAAGGAUGUCAAACGACGCUCCCAACUGUCCGUGCCGCAAGGUCAGGAAUUUUCGAUGUUGUCGCUGUUGCGCAAGAACGUCGGCAAGGACCUCUCCACCAUCUCGUUCCCCGUCUCGACGAACGAACCGCUUUCGGCCUUGCAACGCAUCGCCGAAGAAUUCGAAUACACCGAGUUACUCGACAAAGCCGCCGCGACCGAGGACUCGAUCGAACGACUCGCGCUCGUCACCGUCUUCGCCAUUACCGGCAACGCAGGGAACAAGUAUCGCGCCUCGCGCAAACCUUUCAACCCGUUGUUAGGGGAGACGUACGAAUGCGUUCGACCGGACAAAGGGUUCAAAUUCGUCGCUGAGAAAUUGUCGCACCGUCCGCCGGUGCUGGGCUUUCAUUCGGAAGCGAAAAAGUGGCAGAUCGAUGGCUACCUCGCACCGGACCAAAAGUUCUGGGGAAGGUGUAUGGAGAUUUUGGUCUCGGGCGAGUUCGUGAUCACGUUCAAGGACACGCACGAUCGAUACACCAUCAAGAAGCCGAGUUCGUUCGUGCGCAACCUCAUGGCAGGGACCAAGUACAUUGAAGUCGUUGGCACGAUGACGGUGACGAAUGAGAACACGGGCGAAUCCGCAACGGUCGAAUUCAAAGAAGGUUCGGCGUGGGGCGGUUCAUCGACGAGGAACAAGUUGGUGGCGCAGAUCAAGGAUGCGAAUGGGCAGAGUCAGAUGGAACUCGUCGGACGAUGGGACGAAGAGGUUUCGCGCAAGAAUGGCAAGGAUCAAUUCACGCGCUUGUGGUCGAUCAAGGAUUUCCCCAACAACCCUGAAAAGUACUACGGCUUCAGCAAGUUCGCUUCGUCGUUGAAUGAGAUUACGGAAGUGGAGAAGGAUCGGAUGGCCCCUACAGAUUCGAGGUUGAGGCCUGAUCAGAGGCAGAUGGAGGAAGGGAACAUUGAGGAGGCUGAACAGAGCAAGAAGAGGGUCGAGGAGAAGCAGAGGGCCAAGAGGACCGAGUUGGAACAGAGGGGUGGGGACGCACCGGUACCCAAGUGGUUCACCAAGCAAGGCUCGGGGUGGAAGUACACGGGCGAAUACUGUGAGUCGUCUCUUGCACCUUCGUCUGGCGCUGCAAUUUGUGGACGGAGAACUGAUGUAUCGCUCUCUUCCGGGAUUUUGCAGUCAAGGUCCGCGACGAGAAAAAGUUCGAGGAUCCCGACAUCUUCUAG